AUGGGCGAGUCGCCGGGAGCCCUGUACCGCACCACCGGCUCUACCUUGCUACAUCCGCUGAGUGGGCUGCUGGGCAUCCCGCUGGACCAGAUCAAUUUUGUAGCCUGUCAGCUGUUCGCCCUUUUGGCUGCGUUUUGGUUUCGUAUUUACUUGGGUCCCAAUCAUGCCAGCUCUGCUGUUCGCCAUGCAUUUGCCACCCUCUUUGGAAUAUACUUUGCUGUCUUCUGCUUUGGGUGGUAUUCCAUUCAUCUUUUUGUCCUGGUGAUGAUGAACUAUGGCAUUAUGAAUAUGGCGAGUAUUGCCAACAUUCACAGGUACUCCUUUGUCGUAGCUAUGGGAUACCUCACGUUGUGCCACAUAAGCCGAAUAUACAUAUUUCAUUAUGGUAUUCUCACUACAGAUUUUUCCGGAGGAUUAUGCUGUCCACUGAUGAUAAUUACACAGAAGAUCACAACACUUGCAUGCCAGUUACAUGAUGGAAUAGGGCGACAAGCUGAAGAACUCACUGCUGAGCAAAAUCGGCUGGCUGUAAAGACAAGACCUUCUUUACUGGAGUAUUUAAGUUAUCUCCUCAAUUUUAUGAGCAUCAUAGCUGGGCCUUGCAGCAAUUACAAGGAUUAUGUAGCCUUCAUUGAAGGGAGGCAUGUGCACAUGAAACUACUAGAAGUGAACUGGAAACAGAAGGGUUAUGACAGACUUCCUGAUCCUUCUCCAACUGGAGCAGUGAUGUACAAGCUGUGUAUCACACUAGUAUCUCUCAUUUUAUUCUUGACACUUACCAAGAACUUUCCUAUGGCAUAUAUUAUUGAUAAUGAAUUCCUUGAUAAAACACCCUUCUGGUCAAGACUUGGUUACCUGUAUGUGGUAACACAGGCAGCAAAACCAAAGUAUUACUUUGCAUGGACAUUGGCAGAUGCAGUCAACAAUGCAGCUGGCUAUGGCUUCAGUGGAGUUGAUGAGAGGGGCACUUUCCACUGGGACCUGUUGUCCAAUUUGAAUAUCUGGAAUAUUGAGACUGCAACAAGUUUUAAGAUGUAUAUUGAAAACUGGAACAUUCAGACAGCUGCCUGGCUGAAACGCGUUUGCUAUGACAGAGCUCCUUGGUACCCUACGGCUUUAACAUUUGUCCUGUCGGCCCUGUGGCAUGGUAUCUAUCCUGGAUAUUAUUUUACGUUUCUCACUGGAAUCCUUAUCACACUUGCAGCCAGAGCAAUAAGAAACAACUGCAGACAUUACUUCCUCUCGUCAGUGCCUCUCAAGAUAGCCUAUGAUGUUCUUACCUGGGUUGUCACCCAACUGGCCGUGUGCUAUACUGUUGCACCAUUUGUUAUGCUGGCUGUUGAGCCCACAAUUAAGUUUUACAAGUCUAUGUAUUUUCACAUGCACGUUCUAAGCAUCCUGGUGUUGCUUGUGUUACCAAUGAGACCUCAAGCCCACUCCAUAAAAAAGCCUCAGAAUCAGGCCAUGCAGAACUCUGUUAAAAGCAAAGACAUAUGA